ACUGACUACUCGGGGCUACAUCUGUGCCCUUCACACAAACAGUGAGGAGUAUCCGCGUCGGCUGCCACAGUGCAUUGUCCCAUCGCCAGCUUGGGGUACUCUCUUCUCACCCUCUCCUCCCGCCCUCCGCGUGAGCAGCGCUCAUGAUCGCCCGCUGCCAUUUUGCCUCAGGCGGCCUGGCCCGCUGGCGCCCAGAGUCCGGGAAGACACGGGGUCAGACGCCUCGAGGGCGAGGAGGAGGGGAGGGAGGCGAAGGGUAGGGCAGGGGGGGAGCCAGCUCCGCGAGCGUGCGGUGUCGGGGGCGCUUUCCUCCGUGCCCCGUGCCUUCCUGUCCCAUAUCCGACGCCUGCCUGCUGUGCGGUCGCGCGGGCGCCGUCGCAGCCGGCGAGGCGGCGGAGCUGGCGAGUGCACCGGCCGAGGGGGAGAGGCAGGCCGCGGCCGCCGCUGCCGACCCUCCCGCUGCGGCCGACGAGGCCGCCGCAGGGCCCGCCGCGGAGCCUCUCGCCGGGCCGCGCCGCCUGCCGCGACGGACCCCGCCAGACCGCUCGCAGGGGCCGCAGCCGCGGCCACUGGCAUGGCGGCCUCGUGCUUCGGGCCGGCCACCUCCCGCGUCACGCCGCACCGUGGUCCUGGCCGGCCCCCCGGCCGACUGGCCACGUCUGUUCGGCCCGAGGCCCAGCCGACCGUGGGGCCCGCCGCCGAGGCCGCGUCGCUCGCCGCCGCCGGGCCGCCCGCCCCCGCAGGGCCAGCCGCGCCCGAGCCGUCUGCGGCGGACCGGCCCGCGGCCGAGGCAGCCUCGGUGCCCGCCUCCGAGGCGGGGCCGCUCGCCGCCGCCGAGGCCGAGCCGCCCGCCGCCGCAGGGCCCGACUCCCAGACCGGGCAGCCCACGGCCCAGCCAGCCGCGGGCGCCACGCGGCGGCUGGUCGUGCGCAUCAGGGCCCGCGCCGCCGCCCCGGCCGCCGCGGCGCCCGAGGCGGCCGCGGCGCCCGCCGUGCUGCAGCGGCGGCUGAGGGUGCACGCCGGCGCGGGCCCCGAGGGCGCGGAGCGCUGGGGCCGCGGCGCGUCCAGCUCCAGCUCCAGCAGCGGCGCGAGCCCGAGCUGGAGCCCCGACGGCGGCGGGCGCGGCGCGGCGCCGCGCGGCGCGCCGCGCCCGGAGCGGCCGGGCGGCGCCCCGCGCCCGGCGCGGCGGCGGGCCCCGCCGCGCAGGCGCCGCACGCCGGAGCGCACGGAGCCGCGCCCGAAGGCGAAGGCCCGCGCGCGCCAGGGCCUCUGCAGGGCCGGCGUCGUCGCCGGGGCGGCGCUGCUGGCCUGGCCCGGGGGCGGCUCCCCGCCGCUGCCGGAGUACCGGCCGCCCUUCUCGGCGGGCGAGGCCCUCGCGUCCGAGGCCCUGUACAGCGAGACCGACUCGCUGCCCUCCCCAGACGGGGCGGGGGCCGCCCGCCGCGCCCGCGCGAGGGCCUCUCCCGGGCUUCUGCUUCAAAGGGCUUCUGGCCGAUGGGGCGAGUCACGCCCGAGGUGCUCCGGAGAUGUCGGCAUCCGCAGGUUCCAGCGAUGGAGGUACAUGGGCUUGCGGAUCGACAGCUCCGAGACGACCCAACUGCGCUUCGUGCUCAGGCACGCGUGCGACAUCCACGCCUCUCAUUUCCUCGCGCAGCUCGUCGACUCCGCCAAGACAAGACGCGGGGUUCUGCACGCUCUGCGGGCGCUGGGAGAAGCGCCCAACGACUCGCAUGCUGCGCCAGGCCCCGCCGCGGCGACAGCUCCGCACCCCGUGCGGCGGCAGCUCGCGGAGCGCGCGGGAGGACAGCGCGGUCCAGGCGCCAGCUGCGGCAGCACCGCUGUCGCCUGGGGCGCCAGCGGCGGCGUCGCCCCCCCCGACUGGCCCGGCACCCGCAACGGCGGCAUCCUGGGCGCACCGCAGCAACUUCGGCGGCGCAGGAUUUCGGACCUGGCAGACGCAAGCUACAGGACGAGCGUCGCCGAGGCGAGCCUCGCGGCGCGCGCAGAGGCCAAGCGCCGGAGGGAGGUGGAGGACGAGGCCCUCGCGGCGCGGGCGGCGCAGCGCGUCGCCCGUCUUCUGGCGGCGGCGUCCGUUGUGGCGCCCGCUCAGCAGGCCGCCGCGCCCGUUGGCGGAGGCGGCGCCGCGGAGUGGUUGUGUCGGGCGCGCAGGAGCGGCGUGCAGCUGACGGAGGAGGAGGCCGUGUGGGUAGGCGCCCUGUGGGAGGCGCUGGCGCGGCAUGUGGCCGAGCAGGCCGAGGUUGACGAGGAGGCCGCUCCUCAAGAACCUGGCGUGGGCGCCCGCCGCGGCGCGACGGGGCCCAGCGCUGCAGGCAGCGUCGACCGGGGCCGCGAGCACGGAGUCUCCAUGGAGGGCGAACAGCUCCAGGAGUUUCGCAGGCAGCAGGAGGAGUUCCAGAGGGGCCUCUUCGAGUCUGACGACAAGGCCGAGGACUACGAGAGGCUGAAGCAGCAGCUCGCCCAAGAGCAGCUCUUGCGGCUGCAGUCCGAGGAGCGCCUGGCGGAGCUGCAGCGGCAACAGGUCCGCCAGGCGGAGGACCUGCGUCGCGCGCGGGAACACGACAUGGCCUCGCCGGAAGUCCCCGCCGAAGGACAGGCCGUUCCGCUCCACCCUCGCCGCUCGGCGCGGCACGAGGCGGGGGCCGUCUCGGGGCCAGGGGCGCGCGUCCACUCGGUCGCAGAAGGCGGGGCGCCGGCGCAGCCGCCACCACAGGCGGAGGUCGGGGUGGUACCGCCCGCUGGCCAGCCCGAGCGCAGAGGCCGCCGUGCCGCGCCCGCCCAGCAGGCCAGGCGGCGGGCGCGCCAAGGCCGGGCUCCUCCCAGCGCCGGAGACGCCCCUCGCGCCGAUGCCCAGCCGGCGCCAGGCGCUCCUCUCGGCGGACCAGGGGCCCCGCGUCUGCGAGGGCGGCCGCCUGGGCACAGAAGGCAGCAGAAAGGUGCGGCCAAGUCCCAUCCCACAGCCUGCCCGAAUCCAGGGCAGGUGCACGGCGCCAGCGCUGCCAAGUCCAGAGCCUCCCGCAGGGCCAGGCAAUCUGCCCCGUCCGAGGACAGGGCGACGGAGGAGGCGAAGAGGGACGGGCGAGCUGCCUGGCGAAAGUGUGCCGAGGCGCUCCAGGCGAGCGAGGGCACGAAGGACGGGCAGCAAGCCUUCGUGGCGCUGCGGACCGAGCCGGCCUGUCUCCCCAGUGGGGGCGAGGGGGAGCUGGAUGCCCUCGCCGAUGCCGCCCUGGAAGGGGCCGGGGCCGUGGCGCCGAAGAGGCAGAGGAGCGAGGCGCCGCCAGCGGCGGUGGCGCCCUAG